GGGCAGGACUGAGCAGUGGCGAGACGGGAGGAAGACGUGCUACCCGGCACCCCCAGACUCAGCCAGCUCUGCGGUCCCGAUGGCUCUUCCCAGAAACCAACUGCUGCCUGUCCUGGUCCUCUUCCUAGCCUACUACUACUACUCAGGGCAGGAUGACUUCCGGCCAGAAAUGCUCCAGGGGAAGCGCGUCAUCAUCACAGGCGCCAGCAAGGGCAUCGGCGAGGAGGUGGCCUAUCAGUUGGCACGCAUGGGUGCUCACGUGGUGCUGACAGCGCGAUCAGAGAAUGCACUGAAGAAGGUGGUGUCCCGCUGCCUGAAGCUGGGUGCAGCCUCAGCCCACUAUGUGCCUGGCUCCAUGGAGGACACGAAAUUUGUAGACAGCUUUGUGGACACUGCAGCCCAGCUCCUAGGCGGGCUAGACAUGCUCAUCCUCAACCACCUCAUGAACAGCCCCAUGCGGCUGUUCCCCACUGACAUGGCUACCGUGCGCAGGAACCAGCAGGUCAACUUUCUCAGCUAUUUGGCCCUGAGCACCGCUGCCCAGCCCCUGCUGUGGGCCAGCAACGGGAGCCUGGUGGUGGUGUCUUCACUGGCUGGAAAAAUCGCGUUCCCACUCCUCGCUUCCUACUCAGCCAGCAAAUUCGCACUGGAUGGCUUCUUCUCCUCCCUCAGGUUGGAGAACAAGAUGACCGGUGUGAAUGUCUCCAUCACACUCUGUGUCCUGGGCCUCAUCGACACGGAAUCAGCCAUGGAGUCGGUGAAGGACAUCAUAAAGAAUGUCCAACCAUCCCCAAAGAGUGAAUGUGCCCUGGAGAUCAUCAAGGCAGCCAUCCUUCGCAAGGAUGAGUUCUUCUUCGGGCGGCCCAGCUGGCUGAACCUCCUGCUGUUCAACCCCGGCCGAAAGGUGCUCGAGUUCUUCUGGAAAGACUACUUCAACCUGGACAAGCUCCAAAAGCCCCCAGCCCAGCCCUAGUGCCCACCCAAGGAUGCUGCCACUUCCCCAGAAGCAGCCUAUUCUCUGGGGCUCCUGCCAGGGGCCACCACAGCAGUGCAGACACCAGGAAGGAGGUUUACCACCACCCAGAGGCAACUGGCCAAGCCUCACUGUAACCCCACUCCAGACCUCAGUGCAAGAAGGGGAAUAAAGGCCUCAUCCCUGAGCCCUU